CAGCACUACGAUUAUAGUUGGUACACUCAUCGUCAUAAUAUCCUUGUCUCCCUUCUGUGCUAACCUCUCGCUCCUUCGGUCGUCCAACCGGUCCCAAGACAAAGAUCGUCUGCCGAUGGCGUCGUCCUCUGCAGCGCUUGUCAUGCUGCUCGUCGCGAGCUGCGCCGCAAUGGCUGCGGCCACGUCGUACACCGUCGGCGACGGGAAGGGCUGGGUGAUCGGCGUCGACUACUCCGGCUGGACCAGCGGCAAGUCGUUCGCCGUCGGCGACAAACUAGUGUUCACCUACACGAGCAAGGCGCACACGGUGACGGAGGUGAGCCAGAGCGAUUACUCGUCCUGCUCCGGGAGCAACGCGCUGGCCAACGACGACAGCGGCGCGACCACCGUCACGCUCAACACCCCCGGCACGCACUACUACAUCUGCAACAUCCCCGGCCACUGCGCCGGCGGCAUGAAGGUCGCCGUCACCGUCGGCGGGGGCGGCUCGUCCGGCUCGGGAUCGUCCUCGGGAGGAGGCAGCAUCACCCCGUCCGGCGCCGCCCUGCAGGUUCCGGCCAUGGGCGCCGUCGUCGCCGCGGCGGCCGGGGCUUUGAUCAAGGUCGCGUUGUUCUGAUCGAUGGACGUCCGUCGUCGGCGAGCGUCGUGUCGGGGAAGAGGCAGUGCGGGUUGUUAUCGGCCGUCGAUCUUGUUUCUCAGGUUGAGCUUAUUUCUUCUACCUUUUAUGGUGUGACAUUCCUCACCGUACGUGCAGUUCAUGUUACUCUUUGAUGUACUCCAGUUCUCUGUGAGCAGUUGGUGUGUCGCCGUGCGUGGGCAUGCAUUGUGCGUUUUGUGACAAUUUUUUCAAGGACAUCUUUGUAAUAAAAAGAAGUAUUAGAGCA